AUGGACUAUUGCACCAGUAGCACACACCCUGUGCCACGGCACUACUCUUUCGGGCUUUGGCUUACGAGCAUUCUUUUGUUCACGGCGGCAACAACGCCGACGACGAAGGGGUGCGUAGAGGGUGAGAGGGACGCCCUCCUCGACUUCAAAACCGGCAUCGUCAAGGAUCCUUCUAGCAGUUUGUCAUCAUGGAGAGGCCGAGUAGACUGCUGCAGAUGGAGCGGGGUGGUCUGUGACAACAGAACCGGCCAUGUCGUGGAGCUCAACCUCCAGAAUUCAGACCCUUAUAACGAUGAGACGUCUAUCGGAGGUGAGAUCAGACCAUCCUUGCUCCUGCUAACUCAUUUGGAGCGCCUCAACCUCAGCAACAAUGACUUCGGUGGGAUCCAAAUCCCGGAAUUUUUGGGUUCCCUUCCCAAGUUGACCUAUCUCGACCUCUCCUGGUCCAACUUCAGCGGAGUCAUUCCGUCCCAGCUGGGCAACCUGUCCACCCUCCGCUCUCUCGAUCUCUAUUCGGAUGGCUUAUCGACCGAUGGCCUGCACUGGCUCUCGCGUCUCACUUCCUUGAGAUACCUCGACAUGAGCUUUGUGAAACUUUCCAUGGCCUCCCACAAUUGGCUUCAAGCGGUGAACAUGUUGUCCUCACUGGAGGAGCUACAUUUACAAUACUGUGGCCUCACCGACCUCCCCUCUUCUCUUUCCCAUGUCAACCUCACAGCACUGGCCAUUCUGGACAUCAGUGACAACUUCUUCAACUCCACCUUCCCCAACUGGCUAUGGAAACUCCACAGCCUCUCUUAUCUUGAUCUCAGUUUUUCUAUGUUUCAUGGUGCCAUACCCGCUGGGAUUGGAAAUUUGACUGGUCUAAGAGAACUUCAUCUUAAUGAUAAUUCACUUUCAGGUCCCGUACCCACUGAGAUCAUCUUGUACUACGAUGCAUUUGAACAACUUCCAUUCCAGCACAUUAAUCGACGGAUGGGAUGCGGGAUGGAGACCGAGGAUCCAGUGGCGGAAGAUUUCGUGCCAACAGGGAAGGACGUGUUACAGACGCGCAAGAACUAA